AUGGCGACGGCGCCUCAACAAUUCUACGAACUCUACCGGGGCAGCAGUAUCGGCGAAGCGCUCAUCGACACUAUCGACGAUCUGAUCAACGAUGGUCGGAUCGAACCGCAGUUGGCGAUGAAGAUUUUGAGCAACUUCGAUCGCGCUAUAGCUGAGACACUGGCAGAGAAGGUCAAAUCAAGACUUACUUUCAAGGGCCAUCUGGAGACCUACCGUUUUUGCGAUGAUGUGUGGACAUUCCUCGUCAAGGAUGUGAGAUUCAAGAGCGAUGGUGGUCAAGAGUUCCAUGCAGACAAGGUCAAGAUUGUCAGUUGCAACUCCAAGAAGCCGGGCGAGGUAUAG